AUGGCGGCCGACGUCAUGUCCCGCGCUGGCGACAGCGCCUACCUGGGCUCCAACCGCACCUCGCUGCCGCCGCUGGUCACGUCGCCGCCGUCGCACGCCAAGGUGGAGCGCGCGAGCUCGUACGCCAGCAAGCGCAUGUCGACCUUCUCGACGGCCUCGGCGGCCUCGACGGCCUCGACCACGCACGCGCCCGCCCCGCGCUCGCGCCCGCAGUCGGUCGCCUUCCCCGCCUUCCACUCGAGCCUGCCCUACGCCCUGGUGCGCGACUUCGCAUACGACCCGGCCCACCCACUCUACUACGGCCCGCUGCCCGCCGAGCACACGUCAGGCGCCUCGACCCCCGCGAGCGACGCCAACCGCCGCCUCUCCGACCCGCCGCCCGUCGCCUGGCGUACCGACCGCACCGCCCGCGCCGACCGCGCCUCGAGGACCCCGGGCCUGCAUCCCCUGGGGCUCGGCGAGCAGCUGCCCAUGACGUCGUUCGGCGAUGGCCCGCCCUACAGCGAGGACGACGACCUCGCCAGCCCCGUCGUCACGAGCCACCACAGCGCCCGGCACAAGAAGCAAAAGUCGAACCAGGUCGACUUCGACCACACCCGCGGCCGCCGCGCUCCCGACGAGCACCGCCGCAGCUCCGUCACAGGCGUCAACGGCGAGGGCAGCUACUACCCGGCCCACGUCAACGAUGCCGCCAAUGCCAUCGGCGGCGAGUACAUCACUUACCCGCCCACCGCCGACUCGCUCCUCGACGUCCCCGAGGGCGCCUCCCGCCGCGACUCGCACUUUGCCGCCAUCCUGCCCCAGCGCUCCUACGCCAACGAAGAAGGGCCGCCGUACGACUCGGACGAGGAAAUGUCCGAGCUCGGCGACUACAUCCAGGACGACAACCGCUUCUCGCGCGACUACCAGUUCACCAUUGCGUCGCCCGACGAGGAAAUGCACGGCAAGGCGGUGGCCCUGUUCGACUUUGCGCGCGAAAACGACAACGAGCUGCCUCUUGUCGAGGGCCAGGUUAUACUGGUCUCCUACAGGCACGGGCAAGGCUGGCUGGUGGCCCAGGAUCCCAAGACGGGCGAGAGCGGGCUGGUGCCGGAGGAGUACGUGCGCCUGCUGCGGGAUAUCGAAGGCGGCUGGAACGGCCUCAUGAACGGCGCCGUGCAAGCACAGGAGGCCAAUCCUGGGCUGGACAGCCUGCUGAGCCCCAUCUCGGCUGGCCCAGAGGCCAAAACGCCCACGCAAGCCGACCACUCGUCGUACACACCCGUCAUCUCCACCUUCUCGACAAGCCACAAGGAUCUGGAGCCCUACCCGAAAGACCGACUCGCCACGCCAACGAACUCGGAGGGAGGAAGCUUCGGCAAGGGGAAAGAGAGCGGCUCAAUGGAGGGCGUCGAGACUACGCCCGAGCCGCAGUCCAAGCGCCAGAGCUCAUGA